AUGAUAGGAGACACGAUGACGCUCUUGUCUCUUCUGGGUCGGAUCAUGCGCUAUUUUCUCCUCAGGCCGGAGACGUUGUUCCUGCUAUGUAUCAGCCUGGCGCUAUGGAGCUACUUUUUCCACACGGACGAAGUGAAGACUAUUGUCAAGUCAAGCCGCGACGCCGUGAAGAUGGUGAAGGGCAAAGUGGCCGAGAUGAUGCACAACGAGCGGCUAGGAGGCCUCAACGUGCUGGACGCAGAGUUCUCCAAGACCUGGGAGUUCAAGAGCGACAACGUGGCCGUGUACUCAAUACAAGGCAGAAGGGAUCACAUGGAGGAUCGCUACGAGGUGCUCACCGACAUCGCGAACAAGAGCCACCCGUCCAUCUUCGGCAUCUUUGACGGCCACGGCGGAGAGGCUGCAGCGGACUACGUGAAGGCUCACCUGCCCGAAUCCUUGAAGCAGCAGCUGCAGGCGUUGGAGCGCGAAAAGAAGGAGAGCGCUCAGUCUUUCGCCAGCAUCCUGGAGCAGCGCAUCCUGAACGUGGACCGAGAGAUCCUGGACAAGCUGUCUGCCAAUCACGACGAAGCGGGAACCACGUGUCUGGUGGCACUACUGUCAGACCGAGAAUUGACAGUAGCCAACGUGGGCGAUUCCCGCGGCGUCCUGUGCGACAAAGACGGCAACGCCGUGGCGCUGUCGCACGACCACAAACCGUAUCAGUUCAAAGAGCGCAAGAGGAUCAAGCGGGCGGGAGGCUUCAUCAGUUUUAACGGUUCCUGGAGAGUCCAAGGAAUUCUGGCCAUGUCCCGCUCCCUCGGCGACUACCCGCUAAAGAACCUGCACGUGGUCAUCCCCGACCCGGACAUCGUGACGUUCGACCUGGACAAACUGCAGCCCGAGUUCAUGAUCCUGGCGUCCGACGGCCUGUGGGACGCUUUCAGCAACGAAGAGGCGGUGCGCUUUGUCCGCCAACGCCUGGACGAGCCGCACUUUGGCGCCAAAAGCAUCGUCCUGCAGUCCUUCUACCGCGGUUGCCCAGACAACAUCACCGUCAUGGUGGUCAAGUUCAAAAGCGGGCCAGGAGGGAGCAAGGCGGGAGACUAAGUCAAGUGGGACCCAUUUGAUCCAGAGACGGAUGGGGACUGACUGACUGACUGACUGACUGACUGACUGACUGACUGACUGACUGACUGACUGACUGACUGACUGACUGACUGACUGACUGACUGACUGACUGACUGACUGACUGACUGACUGACUGACUGACUGACUGGCAAGGACCAAAUAUUUGACUUUUGCGUAUUGAACAUGCAUGAAUUUCAAUACGGAAGGGAGCAGGGGUCACCAGAAGAACAGGCGAUGAGCUGUGAUUCAAAGCGUUUCAGAAUGUGGAUUCAAUUCAUGCAAGACUGACACUGAAUGGAGUAGGGGAAAAAAGAAGAAAGAAAAAAAAAAAAAGGGAGCAACAGAGACGUGUACCGCUCUUUCGGAGGCUGUAAUGCAAUCCAUCCAUUUUCUGUAGCACUGUUCCUCAUUAGGUUGAUGAGUCUGCUGGAAGCUCUCCCUGCUGACUUUGGGCAAGAGAACGUCUGCAGGGUGCAUCGAGACAAACACAAUUCAGAAUCACAUUUGCACACAAUUAGCUUACAGCAGCAUGUUUUGGGGAUGUAGAACCAAACAGAACCAUUUUGGAAUACAAUACUCAUGCAUAGCAUAACAAAUAUGACCAAACUGCGUUUGUACCAAUCAAGUGCUGUCCCUAAAACAUGUCUGGGCUUUUUUUUUUUUUUUUUUUUGGACACUCGUUUUUUCCCUGCCACUAUAUGAGGAAAUGCCAUUUGACCUUGAUCAGGAGGCGACUUAUCAAUGCUCCCAAAUUCUAAUCUUAUGCCAUUUUGUAAUACAGCGGUGCCUUGAGAUACUUUAUGUCCUGACCAUGCUCGCGCCUCAAAAGAAAUCCGUUUCAUGUCAAUGGCUAUUGUGCGGCUUUUUCCGUUGGCCACCGGGGGGCAGUAUAAUGCAUGCGUGCCAAGAAAAUCAGCUAAGCCUAUGUAUCUAAAGUCACCACUGUACACAGUUUAAGGUGUUUGCCAUCAUUUGACUUGAAUGACUGUACCCUGAGCGCAGUGUGGAGGAACUGCACCCAUAUGGUGAAAGGUCAUGCUGUCAGCGGCGAUACGUUUGAAGCAAAAGCUACGGUGCACCGUGACUCAGGACUAGAUUCAUUUCAAUGAAUUGAGUCGGAUAUUGUUGAGCCAUUAUUCCACGAUUCCUCAAUGCUAUUUAGAAAAAAAUGGUUUGAAGAGUUUCCAUUCCAAAUCCAACUAAAUUCCCUUCAAAUGGUUUCAUUUCAAUUGACCUUACAUGCCUUAUUUAUUUGAUGUUUUUGCUGUCAAGCAGAUGGCCAAAGCUAUGUACUUUUUUCUUUUACAAUAAAACUCCUACUCAUCA